AGCAUUCGUUGAAAUCAAUAGCCAAUGUAGUGCACUAGUGUAGGGUGUAUAGAGGUAUUUGAAAUACUGCCCAAGAUCUUCAGCUGUCUUUUUUCCCUUGUGGACAGAUGGUUAAAAGACGACUGAAGCUCUAAAUAUAUUAAAGCGGUGUGUGUUCUGGGACGUCCUUAAGGCUGAGCCGGAGCUGAGGAACAUACAGUAGAUGAUGGUGUGAAUAUGGCACUAUGGCAGACGAUUUGCUCAGAGACUCCUCUCUGUCCUUAAAGACGGCCGUCCUUCAUGCGGCCGAACUUCCCCUGUCAGUCCUUUCCUCCCUUUCACAGGUGAGUCUGAGCUCUGGCACUAAGAAGCUGGUGGCUGUUGCUGCCUUCGGCGCCGUCUCCGUCCUCUUCCUCGCCCGUCGCUUCAGGCGGCGGAAAGGAAAGAAGAAAGCGGUGCAGGAGCAGAAGAGGUCUGAUUUCCUCUCAACGCUUCCACCAUUGAAAGACGCUGCUUGCAAUCGUCCAAACCUCAGUUUGUCUCUGAACUCGAAGGGCGCCUUUUACCGUCACGCCGCAUCUAACGGUGGCUUACACAGCAAGCUCUCCAGCUCCCUGCAGAGUCUGACCUCGGUGAAGAGCAUGAACUCUUGCAGCGAGGGCACCAGCGGCUCAGCCUGCUGGGACAGAACGGACGAUGGCGAUCUACGCAACAUCGUCACGACUCCAGAAAACCUCUACCUCAUGGGUAUGGAGUUGUUUGAGGAGGCGCUGCGACGCUGGGAAGAAGCGCUAAAUUUCCGUAGCCGGCUGGCUGACGACGAGGCUGAGUGCUUUUCUGUAAAGCUGGGAGCCGGAGAUGCCAUCGCAGAGGAGACCGUAGAGGACAUCAUCAGCGGCGAGUUCAUUCGUAAGCUAGAGUCUCUGCUGCAGAGAGCGUAUCGGCUCCAAGAGGAGUUUGAAGGAGCGCUGGGAUUCACGGAGCCGUCUUCACACCACAGCGAGAAGCACAACGAAGGCUCCGUGAGGGACGAUUUGGACGACUCGUGUUGGAGAGACACCGUGAGCGUCGGCUCCACCGACUCCUUUGUGUCCGCGGCAGAGCUGUCUGAGCAUAAGAUUGCCAUGGGUCUCAGCUCUCUGUGUCGUUAUCCCUUCUACGAGGAUGCUUUGCAGAUGGCCGAGGACGGGAAAAUAUCCUGUAGAGUUCUCCGAACCGAGAUGCUUGAAUGCCUCGGAGACACCGAUUUCCUCGCCAAGCUUCACUGCAUCCGCCAGGCUUGUCAGGUCAUUCUCCAAGAAUUAUCGACUCGUACGUUUCUGGCUGACACGGGGAAAAAAAUCUUGUCCUCAAUCAUCGUGAAAGCCAGGAAGAAUCCCAAGAGAUUUGAGGAAGUUUACGAGAAGAUGAUCGGCUUCCUGGAGCAGAGGGAGCACUGGGAGAACACAGAAGCUGAGCUCUCUGCGAGAGGGGUGAGGCAUUUAAACUUCUACGACAUCGUCCUCGACUUUAUCCUAAUGGAUUCGUUUGAGGAUCUGGAGAAUCCGCCCAUGUCCAUCACGAAUGUCGUCAACAACCGCUGGCUUAACAAUGCCUUCAAAGAAACUGCGGUGGCUUCGAGCUGCUGGUCUGUUCUAAAGCAGAAGCGACAACACGUGAAGAAUCAGGAUGGCUUUAUCGCUCACUUCUACGCUGUCUGUGAACACAUUAGUCCCGAGUUAGCAUGGGGUUUCCUGGGGCCUAAAAGCUCCCUGCAUGACUUUUGCUGUUUCUUCAAGGAGCAGGUGAUACUCUUCCUGAAGGACAUCUUUGAUCUGGAGAAGGUGCGUUACUCCAGCGUGGAAACUCUGGCUGAAGACGUACUGCACCUGCUGCACCACCGAGCCGAGUUGCUUCUGAGUUUCUCGGGCUCCGAUUGUACUCCACACACUAACGGCUGCGUCUGCACCGUGUCCGAUUCGUAAUUUCUUCCGUACUCGAAGAAAACAACAUUUCACAAUCAGUGCAUUGUUUAUUGACAUUUCUAUAUUGAUAAACGUCAAAGUCUAGCAUGUAAACCGAGUGAAAUUAUUAUAACCUGCUGAUCUAUUUAGUCUGAUCGCACUGGUAUGUACAUGAAUUAUUUAUUUCAUAUCUGUUUUUAUUCUCGAAACCAGUGCUAUGGAACGGCCCUAAAACGCGAUUAAACGUGUGUGACGAAUGUCAUUUGAAAAGACCUUUCCUCUGGCUAGAAAUCACCCCUUCUCGCUUUAGAUGGAUGUACCAUUUGGGCUUUUAGGAGUGUUUCCCACAUCAAGACGGCAUACUGUAAAGCAAUGAAGAAUGAAUUAUUUUAAAUAUCACACAUUUGGUUAUGAUGGUGAUGAUGUUGACGAUGAUGGUACGCCUUAUUGUUGGCACCUGUAUCGAGUUCUGAAAUUCAAAAUAAAUGUUAGACGUGUUGCGGGUUUUUUUUUUUAAUUGAGCGUUUUAACAAAUUACUAAAGACAGUUCGUUCAUUAAUCCUGAUUAACCGUGCGAUUGUCGUCGUGUCAAAAAAACAACACCACCGGUGUAGUUUAAGUUAAAUAAACGACUAUUUGCAAACAUGAUUAGACGAUAUAAUUUGCUAUGAAUUAGGAUUUUUUUAAAUCAUUUUCAGAGCACCGCCAACCCAAAAAUAAAGGUUUACACCCAAAUUUAGGAACGUUAAUAUUAUUUCAGCUAGUUAGUUAAAGCCACCUGUCACUAGCGUUAGCCAGUGAGUUAGCACUAGCUAAAUAUACUCAGAUUUGUGAUUAAAUAAUAAACUUUAACCUAAGCUCCACCGUUAUUAACAUUGAUACCAGGAUAUAAGCUAAACUGCCUGUUCAGCUAAAUGCUAAAUAUUUAUUCUAAAAGAUUUUGGAUGUAUUUUGUCUAAUUAUUAAACUUUUUGUUUUUUUGUAAAAAUGUCGAAAGUGCUGCUAUGUUGUCAAAUUCAUGAACUAAUAAAAGGCCAAAGAAAAGUG